GAUUGGCUGAAGCUUUCCAGGUUCUUCGCUACUUUGAUAAUGAGAGGCCUUGGGUGGAGCGUCUCUUCGUCUUUGUUUUUGGUAAGCGGCAUAGUCACCCGCUGCUAUGUCUGACCGUUUCACAGAUGGCUCCGAUUACCCUGUUUUCGGCUAUCAGCAGCAUUUCGGUCUCGUAUAUGUCAGACAAAACCCGCUCAAGAGCCCCUUUCA